GGAGCGGCAGGGAGGGAGGGAGGGAGAGAGAGAGAGGGAGUCAGAGCAAAGUGCGCUAUCAGCUGCUGAAGGCUGGACACACUUGCGGCGUGGGGGACACUGAUAGGGGGGGAGACACACCGAGGGGACAGGGUGGGGGAGAGGAGACUCCCUCGUCGUCGUUGGGUGACGGAGGCACAGAUGGGUGCGACGCUCCGCAGCUGAGCCACGGAUCCAGCUGCUCGGUCCCCGCGCGCCACAGCUGGACGGGACGCGAUCCUGCGAAUGACACCUCGGCACCACUGCUGAGGAGACACUCAUUCUUUCCUGUGCUCCUCCCGUCUGUGGCAGCCGGCAUCAUGCUCCCGCGUAACCUGCGAACAGGUGGCUAUGACCUGCCGGGGGUGGACUCCAGCGACGUGCCUCUCAUUGGCUACCGGCCUUUACCGCCUGACCAUGGCACCCCGAGCAACCAAUCAGGGAGGGGGGGCGGCAGCGAUGAACUGGAUCCUUCCCAAGCAGAGCCCUCACCGAUGAAGACGACCUGGUACUGUCCUCUCGACCUGUCCACUGUGCUGGAGGAAGAGGAGGAUGGAGUCAUCUACACUGUGGUGGUCAAGCAGCAGCAUGUCGGCCCCACCAGUUCAGUGUCACGGGUGUCUCGCUCCCAGUGUAUGAAAGCAGGAACAGAGGAGAAGCUGGUGCUCCACCUCCUCCACUCCUUCGCUUUGGGAGACUCGUCCUUCAUCACCAUCUUCCUCUCCACCUAUCGCUCCUUCACCUCCACGGAGAGAGUGCUGGAGAUCCUCACCGACAGAUUGGAGAAUCCACCAGGGGACAGCGAGCGGAGCCACAUGAGACAGGCUUUCAACAAGGCUGUGUGCACCGUGUUCAGAACAUGGCUGACCGAGUUUCCCGAGGACUUCAAGACUUUGAAGGAGCCCUCUCGUCUGCUGCGUCUGGCGCCCCUGCUCCCUCAGGACUCCUCCUCUGCGGCCGACCUCCGCGCCCGCCUCCUCCGGAUCGCAGAGGAGCUCAGCGAGAGAGCCCUGCUGCCCGACACCCACAGAGAUCAGAGCAGUUUCCCUAGCUCUCCGCCUGACGCCUCCAAGUUUGAACCCACCAGCAUCCUGGGAUUCCCUGCACCGCUCAUCGCGGAGCAGCUCACCAGGACAGAGACGGAGCUGUUUGUCCGUCUGGUGCCGUACCACUGCCUCGGCUCGCUGUGGUCUCAGAGGGACAAGAAGGGCAGGGAGGGCGUCUGCUGGUCCGUCCGGGCCACGGUGCGGCAGUUCAACAAGUUGGCCAACGCGGUGUUAGCGUCGUGCCUCUGCCCGACGACGCUGCGCAGCCAGCAGAGAGCGCGGCUGCUGGAGAAAUGGAUCAGCGUGGCAGAGGAGUGCCGAGGCAGAAAGAACUUCUCCUCUCUGUACGCCAUCGUGUCCGCCCUGCAGAGUAACCCCAUCCACCGGCUGAGGAAGACGUGGCAGGACACCGACAGGGAGGUGGUGAAGAGAUACGAGGAACUGUCAGAAAUAUUCUCCGAGAAGGACAACUACUCUCAGAGUCGAGAGCUCCUGAAGGAGGAGGGAACCUCAAAGUUUGCCAACACGGACAACAGGCUGAACAACAGACAUUUUAAUAAGUCCACCGCCAUGGGCACCGUGCCCUACCUGGGCCUCUUCCUCACUGACCUCACCAUGCUGGACACCGCGGUCAAAGACAGGCUGGACAAUGGCUACAUCAACUUCGACAAAAGGAGAAGGGAAUUUGAGGUUUUGGCUCAAAUCCGCCUCCUGCAGUCCUCCUGCAAAAACUGUGUGUUCAGCACGGACGAGUCCUUCAUGCACUGGUAUCACAGUGUCCCUGCACUCAACGAGGAGGAGAGUUACAGACUGUCCAAUGAGAUCGAAGCACCCUGCGAGCCGAGCCCACGCGGCCACACUCCGACAGUCAUCAUCACACAGUGUCCAGACCUGAGCCGCUCGCGGACGAGUCUGGCGGGCGACAGCGACAGCCUCUUUGACUUCCCCUCGCCCGUCAAUAACCUGCUAUCAAAACUCACAAAGCACAUGAGAUCUCCAUCUGUGUCCUGUCUGGAUGUGGAAACGUCCCCUCCCACUGCCGAGUCCACCCCCGACACCCUGACUCCAUCCACGCCCACAAAGUCCCACCGCCGAUCGGCCUCCUGCGGCAACAACCCCCCCAACCAGGUUCAAGGCUCCGGGCCAGACAUGCGGAUCAUCAGGAUAGGGAUGGACCUGCACGAUGGAAACAUGUACCGAAGCAUUCUGGUUACGAGCAAUGACAAGACCCCCACUGUGAUCAGCUCUGCCUUAGAGAAGCACAAUCAGGACCCCAAACAGACGGCCAAGUACGAGCUGAUCCAGCUCCUGCCCGACGCAAAAGAACUGGUCAUCCCCGCCACAGGAAACGUCUUCUACGCCAUGACAUCAUCCAGCGUUGACUUCCUGUUGAGGAGGAAAGGCGGGAACACUCCUCUUGGCUCACAUCCGAUCAGCACGGAGACGAGCGCCACGUUUCCUCGAAUCAAGGCCAAGGGGAGGAGGCUGGUCCGGACUCUGUUUUGACGUCAGAUCUUUGUCCACCGUGAACUUUUCGCUUGUCGCCCCCUGACAAACACAUGGGGGGGGGGGGGGGGGGGGAUCUCUCAAUAACGUGGCCUUCUCUGUGCAAACACAAAAAGCUACACAUGCCUUUAUCCCAUACGCCUCUUCUACCAAAGCACAGAGACCAAGUUCCUCGGACAUUUCAGAACCUCCUGCUGCCGUAGGCCGAGUAUUUCUUCUUUCCAAACAUUAUGCAUUUCUGAUUCACAUCCAGAGGAGGAGCGGCGGAGGCCUUUCAGUGAGUGCUCCUGGUGCUGGCUCUGGACUCCCAGUCAGGUGGCACUUAAAGCAUUUCUUUCUUCUUUGCUCAUUCCAACUCAAUGAAUAAGAUCUAUUCUAAUUAACACCGAGAAAUCCCUGGUUGUUGUCUGCCUCGGCUGUGAGGGAUGUUUCCCAACGUUAGAGGAAGAGUUAAUUGGUCUGUCUGCGAUCACCCAUGAGGCCGUCGAAGGAUUUAAGACUUUUUUUAUUUGGGGAGGAAGAAUUGUAAUGAAAUCUUAACACGCAGAACUCCUCAGAUCUGGUUCUGGGAAGCAGCACGAACACAGGAAGACGCACGAAUGGAAAACCAGAUGUAAUGUUAAUGCAUCUUUGUAGCAAAGCACUGGAGGUUGUCAUAGGAGACACGUAUAUAUGUUUUGUAUAUAUUUAUAUAUUUUGUACGUCUGUGUGAUGUCGACGUUGUGUUUACACUGGCAAGAAGCUUGAUAUGUCCAAAAACUGGCAAGUCAACCAGUUCAUCAAGGAAUCUGUUAUUUAAACUGGUCAGCAAAUCAACACAGUGGGUGAUUGAGCAGAUAUGGAUUUCAGCUUCAAACUUUAAAACGGCAUCGAUCCCUGUUUUUCUAUUACACUGAUUGUUUGACUAUUGAUAUUGUGAAGGUGAAGCUCGAAGCUUCAGAACACUACGGAGCAAACAGACAGUGAACAAGUCAAACAUCCAGCCAGAGACUUUCUGCCAGAAUUCACAGGUUGUGUCCGAAAUCACUCACUGAUCAGUCCGCCAUUUUGUAGUGGUGAGCUCAUUGUUUCCCACAAUGCAUUGUGCUGGUUUGAGAGAGACGGAAAUUGUCGUAUAAAUGUAAAUAGAAGCAGAGCAGCACAGCACAAAGGGUGGGACACAAAUUUAUUUCUACAUUUAAAAAGGAUAAUUUAAAGGGGUUUUUUUUACCUUUAAGUAUUAAUGCCAAGUGUAAAAUGAAGGUUUAAAUUUACCUUGAUAUUUUCCACCAGCCUUUGUUGUUAUAAUCCCCCGAUAACGGCGAGAUAGUCAGCACCAAGUAGUGUCCGAAAGUAGGGAACAGUGAAUGAGUGGGUGAUUUCAGACACAACCAUAGACUCUAUACAAAGAUGGCCGACACAACAAAUCCCCAAAAGUGAAGCUAAAAGCUGUCUCUGUGUCGAAGUGACUGGAUAGUGGGAGGAAGUGGAGACACUUCGUCCAUCUUUACAUCCAGUCUAUGCUAGACACCAAACAAGAGCUAAAAGAAGCGUUCAACAUUUGGACAGACACACGUCUCAGGAUGGAUGGAAGUGUUGGCAGCUGUUAGCCAAAACAAAUUUAAAGGCAAUAAAAUGAUAAAAUUAUUAUUUUUGGUAUAUUUCUGCCCCAUAGUGGCCAAACAUUUAAUGGCUAUUACUACAACUUGCAGCUCUUUCAAACUUAGUGGCUUCACUUCCCUGUUGAGGACAAUGAGGAAAGUCAAACUAAAAGAUACCACUGGUUUCCCAGCAGCUCAGCAGGAUCCAUCUUUACUCCUGUUUACGUGCAGCACAACGCCUCAGCUCUUCUUUUAUGUCGUGAGUCAACUUCACCUCAAACGCAUAACCUCAAACUUUCACACAAGUCUUGUGACCUCUGGUCGCCACGCUCCCCCGCUCGGUGCUGGUGACGCCUGUUGUACAUCGGCCGAGGCACUAGCAUGGCUGGACCAGGGAGAGGAUUCUGGGUAAUAAUAAUGGAUGACGUGUGCUAGCGUUUAAUGAUUGUUUUCUGUGCCUUUCUCCACAAGGGAGCUCACCUUUCCCCCAUGAUUGCAUUAGAAUGUAUGCAGCACAUGCGGUGGACACGCGGUCGCCUCCAGGGCUGCGUCGUCUCACAUCAAAGCUAUUUAUGCACUACAUACAGGAUGUCCUAUUUUUGUGGUAAUAAAUUUACUUUUAUAUGAA